AAAAGCGGCUCGGGGUGCCCCGAUCAGCUGAUCGGCACUGACAACAAGGGGCGCCGGGGAGCGCAGCUCAGGCCGGCAGCUCCUGGGGCGUUCAGCCCGCACGGUGGGGCUGAGCCUCGCGCCCCCGCCCCGGGACACCGGCCUCUGGGGCCCCGAGCGCCGGCGGGAGGGGGAGGCCCCUGCCGGUCGUGAACAAUAGCCGGGUGCCAGGAUCUCCCCGGGGGCUGCCGCGGCUGCCGAGCGACCGGCAGGGCUGCCCCGAGGUGCGGCGUGGUUCCCCCCCCCCAAUGUUUAAAAAGACAAAGUCGCGCAGUCUUUCUGGUGCCAGGUCUUCCAAGCAAAGUCUACUGACAUACACCAGAGUGAUUUCUUUACAUCACUGAAACUACAGCUUCUGGUUAAUCAGGGAAUACAAGUGGGUUAGCAGUUUGGUCUCUAUGUGAAGCAAGCUACAUUGUUUAAGUUUGUUUUAGAGAGAACACUUUGUUUGCACUUUACAGAUCGCGAAACAUUUUGUGGCCCAGACGCUCAGUAUGCACAUUGGUACAUAUUUUUGCAGGAGCAGCCAUUUUCCUUUUAAAGAAAUUAAGGAACCAUAGACUUUUUGCAGUAUUUUAUUCCUCCUUGCAAAGACACUAACUUUACAAUUGAGAACUGAACAUCUAUAUACAUUUUGAUUAAGACGUCAGAUAAACACUUUUUAAAAAAUCUGAAGAUGAGUGCCCAUACACAAACAGCAGAGAAAGGACAGAACACUGCACUUAUGUGCCAGGAAAGCUACGUUUGCAGCGGGACUGAUGAAGCAAUCUUUGAGUGUGAUGAAUGUGGGAGCCUACAAUGCCAGCGCUGUGAAGAGGAACUGCAUAAGCAGGAAAGGCUACGAAACCACGAACGGACCCGUAUAAAACCUGGUCAUGUCCCUUACUGCGACUUCUGCAAGGGUGCCAAUGGGAAUAUAAUGCAUAACAGUGCAACAAGCUCAAGGCAAAGGGCAGCAGUGAGGUGCCAGAUGUGCAAAAUAAACCUCUGUGUGGAAUGUCAGAAGAGGACGCAUGCUGGAGGAAACAAAAGAAAACACCCAAUUGCAAUAUACAAUGUUGGCAAACCCCAAGAACAGGAUGAAGAGGAUGGGAUGGAUGAGGAGACUAAGAGGAGGAAAAUGACGGAGAAGGUUGUAAGUUUCCUCUUGGUGGAUGAAACGGAGGAGAUUCAGGUGAAGAAUGAAGAAGACUUUAUUAAAAGACUGGACUGCACACCUGACCAGCAUCUCAAGGUGGUAUCCAUCUUUGGGAACACUGGAGAUGGCAAGUCACACACCCUUAAUCACACUUUCUUCUAUGGUCGAGAGGUCUUCAAGACCUCUCCAGCUCAAGAGUCCUGUACAGUUGGUGUAUGGGUAGCCUAUGACCCUGUCCGCAAAGUGGUGGUAAUAGACACAGAAGGUCUGCUUGGAGCUACUGUGAAUCUGAGCCAGAGAACACGGCUGCUUCUGAAGGUCCUGGCCAUUUCUGAUCUUGUCAUCUAUCGUACCCGUGCUGACAGACUCCAUAAUGACCUCUUCAAAUUCCUUGGGGAUGCUUCAGAGGCCUACCUGAAACAUUUCACCAAGGAGCUGAAGGCAACUACAGCCCGUUGUGGUCUAGAUGUUCCCUUGUCCACCCUAGGUCCUGGAGUGAUCAUCUUUCAUGAGACUGUGUACACCAAGCUCCUGGGCUCUGAUCACCCCUCCGAGGUGCCUGAGAAACUCAUUCAGGAUCGGUUUCGAAAACUAAGCUGUUUCCCCGAAGCCUUCAGCUCAAUUCACUACAAGGGAACAAGGACUUACAAUCCCCCUACAGACUUCUCGGGACUUAGGCGAGCUAUAGAGCAGCAGCUGGAGAACAAUACAACGCGCUCUCCCCGGCAACCUGGAGUUAUCUACAAAGCGCUGAAAGCAUUGAGUGACCGGUUCAGUGGUGAGAUCCCUGAUGAGCAGAUGGCUCACAGCUCCUUUUUUCCAGAUGAGUAUUUCACUUGCUCCUCUGUAUGCCUCAGCUGUGGAUGUGGCUGCAAAAACAGUAUGAACCAUGCGAAAGAAGGAAUUCCUCAUGAAUCCAGGAGCCGAUGCAGAUACUCUCACCAGUAUGACAACAGAGUCUAUACCUGCAAGGGCUGUUACGAACGAGGGAAGGAGGUCAGCGUGGUGCCCAAAACGUCUGCUUCCACUGACUCGCCUUGGUUGGGCCUUGCCAAGUACGCCUGGUCAGGGUAUGUGAUUGAGUGCCCUAACUGUGGAGUGGUAUACCGCAGCCGACAAUACUGGUUUGGAAACCAAGAUCCUGUGGACACAGUGGUGAGGACGGAAAUCGAGCAUGUGUGGCCAGGAACAGACGGAUUUCUGAAAGACAACAAUAAUGCAGCUCAACGUCUGCUAGAUGGGAUGAAUUUCAUGGCACAGUCCGUGUCUGAGCUUAGCUUGGGACCCACAAAAGCUGUGACCUCUUGGCUGACGGACCAGAUUGCUCCUGCCUACUGGAGACCCAACUCUCAGAUCCUGAAUUGCAACAAGUGUGGCAUACCCUUUAAAGAUAACGAUACUAAACAUCACUGCCGGGCCUGUGGAGAGGGCUUCUGUGAUGGCUGCUCAUCCAAGUCCCGCCCUGUCCCAGAGCGGGGGUGGGGUUCAGCACCUGUGCGAGUGUGUGACAGCUGCUAUGACAACAGGGGCAUCCAGUUAGAUGUGUCUGAGCCACAGACUGAUGAGGAAGGUGGAACGCUGAUUGCCAGGAAGGUCGGCGAGGCAGUGCAGAGCACUCUCGGAGCUGUGGUGACUGCCAUCGACAUUCCACUUGGUCUCGUGAAAGAUGCCGCGAGACCUGUGUACUGGGUACCAGAUCAUGAAAUCCUGCAUUGCCACAACUGCCGGAAGGAAUUCAACGUCAAGCUCUCCAAGCACCACUGCCGAGCCUGUGGCCAAGGGUUUUGCGAUGAGUGUUCCCACGACCGCAGAACAGUUCCUUCCCGUGGAUGGGAUCAUCCAGUUCGAGUCUGUUUUAACUGCAAUAAAAAACCCGGUGACCUUUAACCCCAGCUUCCCCUCCAGGUCCUUCACAAUUCCUUAGGUUCUCAGGGUUAGAAAAAAUAUUUGGUCUCCCUUUCACCUUUUAACCUGUUGCAGCCAGAGUGCAUGUUUCUGAUCUCCAGCCCUCUCUCAUGUUAUUUCCAUCCUGGAAUGCUGGGAAAUGAGCUUGAGUGAAUAAACUGGGCCUUCAGGUUUUAAUUUCAAAAUGAUUGGGGAAGAGGGGAGCUCACUUGUAAAAUGAGCAAACCAAAAUCCAAUGUAUUUUAUUCCGGUUGAAGUAUUUAUCUAUAUCUCUAUAUAAUUUAGUAUACUAAGGAUGCAGUUGGCAAAUGAAGCUUUGAGUAUUUCUAGCUCAAAUAAAGAGAUGCAGUUGUUCCCUGCUGUAUUGGGUUGAACUUGUAGCCACUGCAGUGCCUUCCAGCUUUUUUUUUUAAAUGUUUUGCUGCUCAUGUUGUCCUGCUUGUAAAGGUUUGGGCCCUUUGCUGCCAGGGAGGCUCAGGGCUUCUUGAGUGGGACACAUAAAUUGCAUUUGACAAUGGGAAUGGCCCUGCAUCUGGAAGCCCCCCACCUCAUGGCACAAAAGGGUUAAAUCCAUAUCAGUUUGCAAAGUCUAUUUCCAUCACAGUCCUAAGUGCUAGGCGUGCAGGGAGGAGGAAGUAAAGCUAAUGCCCUGGUAGAGUCUCAGCUAGGGCUGUCAAAGGAAAAAUAAAUGGGUUGGCACCAAGGCACCUCCAGUAACAGGCAUUUCAACUUCAGUACAGGAUCUCAAGGUAACAGGGUUGUCCUUUUCUCACCACAUUUGCCCUGCAUUUGGAGUUCCUUUGGGAAGACAAAUUUCUCUGUGAAGCUUGUUGCACAGCAAGAGCCUCAUGUUCCAAGCAGAGAUGAGAGAAGUCCUGGUUAGGUGAAAGAAUGCAUGGCCUGAAGUCUGUUUGCCUGGGUUGUAAUUACUUAAGUUGUUUAUGUGGUUCCCAAAUCCGUGGCGCUUCUUGGAGAUAGCUGUAUGGAAAGGACUCCAAUCCUGUAAUAAAACAAAUCUGCCAAUCCAUCUGGAAAACAGGAACCUCUUCUCUCCUGCUCUUAGCAAGUUGCAUCUGCUGAACUUUUUAUCUUUUCAGGAGAUGCUUACAUGAAACCACUGACCCAUAUGCAUCAGUGAUCAAACCACUCAGCUAAACUAAUACUCUGUGUUUCUGUGGAUUAUUGGCUCCCACAACAAGAAACAAGACCAUCAUGAACUGAACUGGGUUAGAAAAUAUCCUGUUUGGCUCAUGUGGACAAAGGUGGUCCUACUGAAGGAGACUUGUCUUCACCUGUAGUGACUGGAGUUUUGAUGCAAUUCCCUGGAACUGAUCUUUGUCCAACUUGUUAAAUGUUCAGUUGUGUAGUUCAACACCUAACUCCCCCAUUUAGGACUGUAUUAUUCAAUUGUCUGCUAUAAAAAGACUAUACCUUCUGAACAAGUGUACUGGCUUUUUCCUUGUAACCAGUUCCCUUUCUGAGACCUAAGGAAUGUGUUUGCAAUGUAGCUUCCCCCUAGCACCUGUUACAGGCUGAAGCAGGAAACUUUUGGCAUUGGCUAAAUUUGCUAGAGACUGACUUGUAUUUUGUAAUCGAAAGCAGUCAGAAGGAGACAGUUGCCACAGGUGAUGGUGUGAUAAGAGUGGGUAAAAGUCUUAUCUUGGGAAAUACAUUUUUCAGCAGAGUUCUGCACUUUGACGUCUUUAUUUUUUUAACAGGGGUUAGGCUGUAGUUACACUGUUGCUGUUUUGUAGGCCAUGUCCAGUGCGUCUUCCAUGCAUGUAACUUUUACUACUAUGGUAAUGCACACAGAGAAACCAUCCAUUACAUUACUUCUAUAAAAGCCUUCUGGAAUCUGUUUUGGGGUCUUUCCCUGUCCUUGCCCCCUUCUCCCCCUGCAGACAGAUCUGCUGUAUCAGUGGAAGAUGAAACAAAAUGCUCUUUCUACAUUCCCAGCAUGCAUGUUCUCUAGUAUCCACAUAUGUGUCACAACAUGCAGUCCAUUCUUGAUGGACUGUCCUGGUGCUAUAGGGUUUUUCUUUCUGGGAUCUCUUCAACAAAGCAAGAUGCUUUUUUGUGCUUACCUGAAAUGGAGUAAUCUUAUCUCUAGACAAGCAUGUGAAGAGAGGAUACUGUAGCUCAGAACCAGCAUAUACUCCAGUUCCAAAGCACAGGCAAAGUCCAAAGUCUAACAACAACAGACUUUUGCCUGAGCAGGGUAACAAGAAGGAAUAUUAAAAACUAUGGUAACACAUUGCUUUCUCAAGGAAAUUGGACUGGUUUACCUUUUAAAUCAGUUUUUAGACCAAUAAAAUUAAGCUAAUGUGGAUUCUUCUGUGCAUACAUAUUUCAGUUUUGAGUGGUUUAUCUUUAUUUAAAUGUUGUACCCAGGCCACUUAAACUACACUAAAAUAAGUCAAUCUUAUGCAAAAAUAAGACUGUCCAUAAGGGGGCUGCAUUAGUUUAAACUAAGUCUUUAAAUUGCACCUUAGGUUCUACUGGUGCAACUUUUCUAUUUAAGUGUGUCCAGUGAGACUACCUAGAUGGAAGGAGCAAAGGGAAAUUGUGUGUCUGGCUAAUGAGCCUCCUUGAUGAUAUGGUUGCUGCAUCUGUCAAAGGUGGUAGGGCUAAACUGUCCGUGGUAGGCCCUACAUUCUCCUUAUUCUGACUGCACUGGGAAUUGUGAACAUAUGGGAAAUAGAGCACAGGCUAAAGCGUGUUUUUUGGGGGUUUUUCUGUUUUUUUUUGGGGGGGAGGGGUUCCCUCUCUUUUUAGCUUCUUUCCUAGCCCCAAAGGAGCCAGAUUCAAGGUCCUGCUUUGAGGCAGGAAUAUGGUCACCAUAGAGACAAGUAGACCAAGUGCUACUAAGCCUCAAUUACAUUCUCAAUGAAGGCAAUGAAAAGAUUUCCAUAGAAUUAUAGGACACCUAAAUCAGUCACUGAGAAGGGAUAAUAAUGCUUAGAGUAUGCAUUAGGUGAGUCCAGUAGUACAUGGCAUGAACAGAAUUCUGUGUCUAAGACCAAACUGUUUUGUAAGCAGAUGGGCUUGGAACAAGCCUUCUCCCUUGACUCAGGUGAGGCUGCUUGGUUUCUGCAGCAAGAUGAAUGAUGUGUGGAGAACAAUAUGAAAAAUGGUAAAAGGGAAAAUGCUUGUAAGCAGGUAACAUGGCAGCAACAUGAGCAAGGAAGCAGAACUCUCAUUGUGAAGACAGGAAAAGGAGGACUUAUAAUAAAGUGAAUUUUACUCAUGAUCUCAAAGAAACUAUAUCUGCAGACAUUCUCACAGCACCUUAACUAAAGUGUCUCUUGCAGAAAUGCUAUCUCCAUGCAUCAGCAACCGUCUUCUGAGCUCUGGACAAUGCUUCAUCACCUCAGCCUGGAAGAUGUUUGAUACUUUAAUGAAGUUGAUCCGUGUGAUGUGGAGAAUGUUUAUUAGAUUUGGCAAGCUAGAACUGAAGAAUGAAAUCGAUUAAAGCAAAGGUGUGCUUCCCUGAUAAAUGAAAAAUUCCAAUGUAGUUUCAAAAUAUGAAUGUGUGAGUUUUGUAUAUAACCUAUGAAUAAGUUACAGUUAAAUUUCAAUAACUCGUGGUAGGAGUUUGUCCUUUGGACCAAAUGGGUCACUGUAGUAUUACUAUUUCAGUGGCUUCAGUGAAUGUUUGUCUUAAACUGAAUUCAGUAUCUUGUUGUCUGAGAGGUGGCAAGAUAACAGAAUAUCUCGCUUUACAGAAUAGAGCAGCCAAUGGUUGAUACUAAUCUGUUGCCAGAAAGAGGGUGUUGGAUUAAUGGUCAAUCAAGAAAUCUUUGCAUCUUUCCUGACUUAGCAAAUGUGGUAAAAAGGAGGUGGGGUGGGGAUCAUGAAUUAAUAGCUGAUGUGCAAAUAGAUCUGAAAGCUUGUGUGAAAGGUGUAUAACAAGGUGUACAGUAAACAGCUUGAAUUUCAA